GUCCUGUCAGCUCUCGGCUCUCCUCUCCACUUCCCUGGUUACGGUCUCUAGUUAAGAGAGAGGAAGCUGAGAGUUGAUCUGAUAGAUCUAGUGCUCUGCUGCACCAGUCCAGACCUGGUCCCGUCUCCUGACAGUCAGAUGAUGAGAGCCCGAGCACUGCAGUAAUGAUGCGUUUUAUUCUGGACUGCCUGAGGACACAGAGAGCGAGAAACCCGAAGGAUGAAGGGGACACAGACGUCGUGGAAACAGAUGAGAGAGUCCUCGCCAAGGCAACCGAGAUCAGAGAGCUAGAGAAUGCAGUGGCGGUGGAGAACUUGGAGCUUCAGGAGCAGCAGUCGGACCGCAAGGAGCUGGAGGAGACUCUGGUUAAAUUAGAGUCACACAAAGUAACGCUGGUGCAGCAGAUAAAGGCAACUCGACAGCAGUGCUAUGAAGAGAGUCAACAGAUCCUGUCUCUGCAGGCGGAGGAGGUGCAGAAGGAGAGCCAGGUGGAGGAAUAUGAGAGGGAGCUGGCCAGAGUCAGGUGGAGGCUGAGGAAGCUCAGAGAGCAGGUGAAGCAGGCCAAGAGGAAGGUGGAGGAGGCUGGGGAGAGGAACACACCUCUGCAGGACUCCAUCCAGCAGUCCUAUGAAGAGAUCCUGCAGGAGGAGCACACUCUCUGCUCUCUGUCAGGUAGUGCAGUCACUCCAGAAAGCCAGCUGGAGGAGUCAACAUCUCCUGCAGACACCACUGAAGAUGAUCCUCUUCCUAUGAGGCCGUGGGGAAGAAGCCAGUCACUGCCUGCCUACGCUGACCUAAUAAUGAGGGCCAGUGGUUCAUCUUUCUGCAAUAAUCUUGCAGAUACCAGAGAAGAGGCAGACGACAGUGGGACCAGCUCACCAAAGAUGGAUAGAUCUGACAUAGAGGAUGACCCAGAGGAGGGGGAAAUCAACGAUGAAGUGGAAAAACAGAGAGAGAAGGAAGAGUCCACUGUAAACCCAAACCCUGUCAGCCAACUGGACUUCUACCAAGCCGACCCCUUUGCACACUGUCAGAGUGAGCAUGAUCUCUUCAAUGAAGACCUGUUCCCUAAAACUGACUCAUCUGGUGGAUUCGCUUCAGAUCCCUUCAAAGGUAGCGACCCCUUUGCAGCAGAUAUGUUAUUUUCAGAGGUGAACGUCAGCACUAAUGGGGGGGCCGAAAAUGUUGUUGAUGAGGGGGACACAAGUCUGUCCUGUGCUGAAAACAAAGCCUCAACAGGAACUCAGUGCUUCGAGUCUGAAUUCCCAGAUGAAGACAGCGACAUAGAGAUUAGCUACAGCCGAGAGGAUCUGGACGCCAUUGCUGUUUUGGAUGAUUCUCGUGGAUUUAAACCCAUUCAGAGCUCAUCAGAGGAGUUGGGGCCAGAGCCCAUCCAGGGCUGGAGGUCCCAGGGUCAGUAUUCUAUAGAAUCGGACCCUAAUGGGUAUGAGUUGGACCUUGGAGCUGUCUCCCCUCCUUCUGACAUAGAAGAAAAGAGUUUGGGGUCUCUGGCUGAAGAGGUUACCACCGAGGCAACAGCAGGACUGGAACAAGGUCUGAGUUCUGGUUCAGCUCAGGCUGAUCCUGAGCUCAGUGAACAAGACAUGGAGGAACCAGAUUGGACAGGCGACAUAAAGCAAACUCUGUCCUCCUAUGUUGCCUCCAGUGAGGUAGCAGAAUGGGUUGGCAACAUCAAAGACAUACCCCAAAACUCUGCAACUCCCCAAAACUCACUAGACUCACAAAAUCUCUUCAUUCAGCCCGACUCAGAUGACAACAGAGAGCUUAGCUUUGAGUUGAGCUAUGAACCAACCAGUCAGUCUUCCUUUGACCCAUAUGGCUUUAAACUCAGUCCAGAACAUUCUAGUCACACCCUCUUAGACCCUGAUGAAGCUGAACUUAGCCCCGAACCCACUGAUAAUGACUUAACCUUUGACCCUGAGCCCUCAUCUUCGCAACCAGACGAACUGAAUAUUGAUGGCUAUGGGUUUGACAUCACUUCCUCCCAAAUGGAACAGGACACCGAUCCUUAUGGAUUCAAGCUCAGCCCUGAGGAUGAGAACCAAGAGGUACUGGACCUCUGUGCUCAUGAUAACCAGGAGGCAAUGGACCUUUGCACAUAUGACAACAACGACCAAGUAGAACCCCCUAACUAUAGCAACCAGGAAGUACUAGAACCUCAUGCCCAUGAAAACCAAGAAGUGCUUGAACAUUGUCGCCACAAUAACCAGGAACUGCUGGACAUGUGUAACAAUGGAAACCAAGAAGUGCUGGAACCUUCUAGGCUUGACAACACAGGAUUAGUUAGCAACGAAAACCAGGAAUUCCUGGAUCUCUGUAGUCAUGAUAACCAGGAGGUGGUAGAACCCUAUCGCAAUAUCACCAAUGAGGAACUACUUGAACCUUGUAACUAUGAUAACCAAGAAGUGCUGGAACCUUGUAGCCAUGGCAAUCGGGAACUGCUGGAUUUCUCCCGUCCUGAAAAUCAGGAAGUGCUGGAUUUAGAUAGUCAGGGGAACCAAGACUUACUGGAUUUUGGUAGCAAAGAAAAUCAGGAAGUGGUGGAUUUAAUUAGCCAUGGCAACCAGGACUUACUGGAUAUCAGUAGCAAAGAAAACCAGGAAGUGCUAGUUUCAGGUAGCCAUGGCGACCAGGAACUCCUGGAUCUCGGUAGCAAUGAAAAUCAGGAACUGGUAGACUUUGGUAGCCAUGACAACCAGGAGGUGCUGGACUUGUUGAGUAAGGAUGUUUUCCCUGAAGCGAACAAUAACCAAUGCAUUGUGGAACCAGAGCAUGAUGCCAGUCCCACCAAUAACAGCUCAGACAGUGAUGUGGCAUCAGAAGACCUGCUGGGACUUGAACUCAGUAACACCAGAAUCUGCACUACCAACAAAUCAAGCACCAGUACUGCCGACACCCUCAGCAUGGCCGUUAGCAACAUAUCUCCCAACCAGAGCAUUGCAUCAUCCAAUCCCUGCACCAGUCGCAACAUGUUAGAAGGUGAUCUGGGUUCAGUGUUUGGGGCUGGAGGAUACAUCGGUUGUCCGGAUGUUGCUGAUGACCUUGAGCCUCUGGGGAGACAGGCAACUCCAGUGGCAGAGCCAGUGCGCCCGGUCAGACCAGUAAGGCCUCCACGGCCCUCGCUCAUGGCCAAGGAGAAGGCUCAGUCCCAGACUCAGGGCAUUGACCUGAAGUGAUCUCUCACCAACCAACACUAAUGUGGGUGUUACCAUGUCAGCAGCGUUUCCAUGACCACAGCAGCAACAUAAGAGAUGAAGUGGAUGAGGAGAGAAGUAAGAGCACUGACAAUAUGGAUACAAAUGGGGAGUGAAUGAUUAAAUAGAUAGAGGGAGAGAUCAUUCUGCUGCUAUUUAAUGCAAUAAUUAUAGUUUCAGAUGUUUUAAUGUUUUCAAGGAACAAAUUAAUGACAUAAUGGAAAUAUGAAGUAGGGAAGAUGUAAAAAAAAUACAGGUAGCAUGGGACUAACUGACUAAAAUGUAAUAAUUACCAAAAAGAAACUUGAUUGUCUCGUGGCUUCGGUCUUGAGUGAUUUGGGUUGGAAACAACAAGUGGCACAAGUCAAGACAUCAGACAAUUCUAUCAGAUAUAAAUACAAUAUGUUCAGACUCUUGUGCAAUGCCCUCUACCCUAAAACAGAUCUUCUUAUGACAUGAAGAGUGGCACUUCACAAGGCCUGGAAGCUCAGUAAAAAAAAAUCUCUCCUUUUUGAUUUGAGCUUAGUGUUGAAGCAUGUGUAAGUGGAAUUUGUGUGACUUCGUCACACAGAUAAAAUGUAUAUAAAUGAUAUACUCAGCUAUUGUGGUUUCCAGAAUAUCUAGUCAAUUAGUAGUUUUAGGUCUAAAUCAGAUGAGAGCCGUAUAAAGAGUUUGGUUGGGUUGUACAGUGAGUGCAUAUCUAUACCGUCACCAUGUUAACAUGCCCAGUGUUUUCAGUCAUCGGUUACUAAAGAAACCCUAAAGAGUUAAAGAGUACUUUAACAGCAAGCGGAGAAGAGUUUUUCACUGCCAUCUCUGGCCCAGAGUUCCAUCCUGUCCACCUCCCAGUAUGUGGUCAGAAGUGUGCUUUGUUGCACUGGUUUCCAUACCCAACAAGGAUGCCAAGGCAUCCUGGAGUACACCUGCACAUCACUGCCGACAGGUGAGAAGUUAAACCACUGGAAGUUAGCAAAAACAAAGACGUUCAGGGAGUGUUAAAUUACUCUCAUGGGCCGUCUGUGAAAACCUCUACACUGAAUUUCACUACAUCAGUGUCCCAGUUCCAUAUUAUAAACUAUUGCUACAAAGUAAAAAACUAUGCACUAAUGUUGACUGUGCACUAUUAUGGUAGUAACUAUAAAAAAACUUAGAUUUUCCUAAAUGUUUGGUACUAACACAAAUGAUAGGUGUAAAAGUGAAAGACUACUGCCAAUUCCAAUAAGAAAAAAACAGCAUGCAGAGAAUAAAACAUUUUUAGUUGAUUAUUUCUGAGCAGCCACUGGAGUCUUCACACCACUGUUUGCAUUUCUCUUUGCAUUUUCAACCUUGCUAAGAGUGAGAACACUAACAGCAAAAGAAGAAUUAGUGAUAACUAGUGCUGGCUUAUUUAGCUUAUUGUCUAUAUAGGUACAUGGCAGCCAAUCAGCACCAAAAGAAAGACAGAAAUGUCACAUAUAUUUGUUGGACGGUAAAAAACAGUGUUUCUUUUACAGUUUGUUCACCAAAGAGAAUUUACUUUUAAAUUGUAAAAUGUUUACACUACUGAAUAUUUUUAUUUAAUUUAUGCGUUAUAGAUAUAUAUUAUGUAAUUAUAAUAAUGUAUAUUAUUAUGUGUGUAUAUAUAUAUAUAUA